AUGCGAUCGUGUGCUAUUAUUUUAUUUGUGGUUUUGGUUUUUCUCAAACACUCGUUUGCUACUUGUCCAUCAGGAGAGUACAAUCCUGGCCCCGAUUGUGCAUUCGAGGAGAUUUGCGGUCUACCGACAAGUCAUUCCGCAAGAGAUCACUAUUGCGACUGUUGGUGUAUGCCACCACUUAUAAGAGACACUAUAUCGAAUCUUUGUGUGACGGAAUGCCCUGAAGUAUUGCCGCCAUAG